GGCAGUGUGGUGUGGUGGUCUAAAUUUCAUUCGAAUCUCCCAAGUUCCCGCCUAAGUUUCCGGGCUUUGACUGCAUCCUAGCAACCUCACUUGGAUACCAACGGUGGAGUGCGCAGGCGCACUAACUGAUCAAUAACAUGGAGCCCGAAGAAAGUCCCAGUGAUGGGACGAGUGUAAACAGGACAAUGGAUGAGUGGUACCAACUUCCUGCAGAAGAGGACAGCACUCAGCGGCCACCUCAGGACCCCACUCAGCACAGUGCCUCCCAUAGUCAGACAGGUGCAAGGACCUGGGGUCUACAUCAUCCAACCGACCAGUCACUGCAGCUAGAAUUCCAGGACAGUCGACUAUCUCCAGCGCUGACUCUCUUGCCAGCCUAUACUGGCACGUUUCCCACCUUCUCAAACUCCACCCUCCUACAGCAGACGGAUAUAGAGUUUGCUCCUCUAAGUGGAUCCCCUGACUACUCAGUCCUCUCUGAAAGACUCUCUAUGAUGCCGCUGGUAGGUGGGACUACAAGGUUUGCCGCCACAGUUUCGACUCAUCGCACCACCAUAGGUCACGCCUCUCUUUCCCAGCAUCCUCUGGGAGAAGAUGAGGGCAGCAGCGGUUCUCUCUCCCAACACAGUAUGUCUCCUGGCGAACGCUUCCAGGUUACACCUGGGCGCGAGUAUGAGAGGGACAGCGCGGAAGACCAAGGGUAUGAGAGGCAAGGAGAAGGAGAAGAAGAGGGCGAGGAGAGGAGUGCUCCGCGUGGGAGAGAAGAGGAUGAUGGGUCGUUUCUGAGCAGCAGUGUUCCGGCACGAACCUUACUUGAGCUACUAGAGAAGGAUGUGGGUGUGGUUAGCAGUAGUAGUGCCGUUUCCUCCGCCUCCGACACUGUUUUUAGCCAACCAGAGCUCAUUCACAAUCAAACUGACGUCACUCACAACCAAUCAGGGCUCAGUCGGAACAGAACAGACAAUGCGGACAGUGAAACAGUGCGGGUGAAUAAACAAAGAGACUCAGCCUUAUUUCAGACUGGCCCCUCAGCAUCGUCUUUGGUGCGGUCUAUAGAAAGCGACAUCUUUCGAGGGUCCAGCUCAGGUGGCAGUACAGAGGAGGAACCUUCCAGAAACCCACCUGGAGUCAGAGAGUGCCCUCAAGGAGAUGCGUCUGCCUCCUCUCAACCUACUCAGGCCCCCACCAGGCGAAUAGACAGACGUUCAAAUCGCUCAUCCACUCAACUGUUUGACACCUCCAACCUCUCUGAACGCGCGGGCCGUGUGUCCGACAUCGCCAACAUCACCUUCCGCUCCUUGGGCUGCCGACCGGACGCGUCCACCGACGCCCUGCGCUCACAGCUGCUGUCCGAGAGCCGCUCGGCCUCCAGGAGCCCCCUAACCAGCCCUGAGGAGCGCCCACCUCCCGAGCAGAGCGGAGGGUCAAGCAGGCUGCCAUUCCAGGGGCCUGCAGGCUCGUCUGUUGAGCGGGGCCACCGGGAGAGGGUCCUUUGGCAGUCUGGAAACCAGACGGGGGUUGAUGUGUCAUUCCUGACUUCGCAGCCAGCCUUCCAGUCCACGCCGUCUGUGAUGACGGGGCUCGGCCGGCCUAGAGGAGUGCUGCUCACUGGUGUCGGCGCGUCCUAUUCACAGUCACCGGCAUUGCUGACAGACACCUUGGUCUCGCCCCGUGCUAGAAUGAGCGCAGGCGCAGCUGAGGUUACCACAUCUCGGGGGUCGCUAACAGGGGGUGAGGUGGGCAGUCUGCCCAGCCUGAGCUACGUGCAGAAGGUCGAUGCGUGGAGAGCCAACCAGAGCAGCAACAGGGCCUUUGGUGACGAGCUGGAGCUGCAAGGACCUGCUGAGGAUGCCCACGAUGUGGAUGCUAAUGCUAAUGUUAGCACUACUGCUGGGUUGGCACAGGAAAGUCACCCCUACUCGCCCUUCUCCCAGCCCAGGGAGGACUCUGGAGCAGAGGGCAGUGCUGGAGUAGAGGCUGGAGCCACAGGUGGAGUAGUAGGAGGAGGAGGAGGCGUAGCAGGACUCGUGUCUCCUCCUGGACGCUCUCACUCCCACUCCUCAUCCCUUGGCACUGUGGUCACCUCCAUUCAGCACCAUGCCGCGGCACUCUCUGAUGCUGUUUCGAACGCCUCGCAGGCAGCCUGUGCCGAAGAGCCAGUGAACAGGGAGGAGGUGGGGCCGCUGGGCAGAACCGAGCCACCCAUUCAGAACGGCCAGAGGUCACAUGUCAUUAACCUGGGCCACUUCAGCGACGUGUCAUCAACCCGUGACACGGGUCACAUCCUCUCCAGCCCACAGGACAGUUUCCAUGGCGAGGGCAGUAUUAGGGCAUCUUUGGGCGGGGCUUCUUCAGUGAUGAGUCUGGAGGUGGACAACUACGCUCCAUACUGGACCUCAAUUCCAUCCACUCCCAAUAGAGAGAGGGAGCUGAACAUCGAGGAUAGGAUCCCGGUUUAUCUUCAAAACCUGGGAAUCAACCAAUCACCUUCCACAAUACUCAACCCCUUUGCUCCUAGAGGACCAAUCAGAGAGCCAGAAUUCUCUCCUACUGAUUUGUGCACCAUCAAAGGUUCCACAGGGACUCCCACCAAGAGCACUCAGCCUUCUGAAGGUGAGAGCCCUGAUAAAGGAGAGUUUUCUCUACUCUCUCAAGGUUCAAGUGGCUCCAUGCCCCUCAGCACGGGCCGGCCCAUAAUGCACCUCUCUGACCAGGACAGGCCGCCCAGUCAGGGCAGUAUAAGGAUGACAAGGACUUCUUCUCACUCGCCACCAGAAUCCCCUAGCAUAUCCACUCCACCGCUCCCUUCUCUUCCCCCAACACACCAAAUGCCUUAUGGAACAGGGCAGGAGCUGACCCCCGCAUCUCCCCUCCAGCCCAGAGAGGAGGCACCAGGCCCCAAGGAGGCGCAGACUGCUCAGUUGCCUCAGAGGAGCCCCAGGAGGGAACAGCAGCAGCCGCCGGAGGAGGACUGGCUGGUGGGCUCCAAAACCCUGCAGGAGAUCCGGCAGCUGCUUGGCCGGGCCGAAAGCGUGCUCUCACUCAGGUCCUCCCGGACCACCUCCACGGGCUCGGACUCCUCGCUGCUCCUAUCGCUGAAGAGGAAGAUGGAGGAACCCGGUUUCUCCAGCGACACCUUCAACUCCUCGCAGCUCUGGGCACGUUCCUCAUCUGACUCCAUGUUGAAGGACAGCUCCGCCUCGUCCUUUGAACCAAGCAGAAUGCUAGGAGCGACUGCUCAGUCCACUGCUGACCUAUCCAAUGCUUCUGGAAUCAGGGAGGCGGGGCUUAAGUCACCCGCUGUCAGAAGGGCGGAGCCUGAAGGCUGCAGUGCCACGGAUCCUGACAGGGUAGCUCCUGCAGUCGUGCAGGUCCUUGCCCCCACCUCAACUACCCCGCCUCCUCAGGAACAGGAAGAAGAGGCGGCGAGCACACCGAGUGGUCAGGAAGAGCCUAGCCCUGCCCAAAGUCACGCGGAGGUGGAGCUUGCCAGUGUGAGUGGCAGCGAGACCAGUGAUGGGUCACUGAGUGCCAGGGUUGCCAGGCUGCUGCAUGAAGAGUCACCUGUGUCCAUGGUAACCAGCCGGGCAAGCACAACAGACACAGAUGAAAGUAGAGCGAGAGAGUGGAUUUUGCAGAAGGCGUCUGGAAAGAAUUGUGAACCCCUACACCUCAACACAGAGGACAGGCAGAGGAUAGAGGAGAUCAAGAGAGAGCUCCUGCAGCACACCAAGUCCCAGUGCAGCACGGACUCCGAUGGCAGCGCUCAGUCCAGCGUCGGGGCAGCUUCAGCCUCAGCUCCGACCACCUCUGAGCACGUCGAGGGCUUCCUGGCGGUGCGCAGCGCUGAGGGGCGGCUGGCGGACCAGCUGCAGCGCGCUGGCCGGAAUCUUCUGGAGUCAACCGGAUUCCCGCUCGGCUCGCCUGUCCGCCAGGACCUGGAGGCCCGUGUGCAGGAGAUCGCUCUGAGGGAGGGUCUUCCGUUGCCCACCUCCUGCUCCUCGCUCUCCCCCCUCACCUCCAUCACCAUAGCGACCACCCGCCGCACCCCCUCCCCACUACCCCCCCAUGUGCCCCCCCAGCUGGCUGAGAGACACAGACACAUACAGACACAGACGCGUACACUCCUGCUGCACGCACACACACCUUCGUCCACAGACACCGAGUCUGACAGUACCCUCUCGCACACAGACCUGCAUCAGGACACGGUGCCCUCCCUUUCCCAGCACGCACUCUCACACACUCACGCUGAGUAUGAGCCAGAGGCUGAAGCAGAGCAGCAGGAAGAGACUGUGGAGACAGGGCAGGUCAAAGGUCAGGAGGAUGAAGUCACUAUGGGCUGGGGUCAUCAGUCGCCCCCGGCCCCCCGCCACUCAUCCACACACCUGCACCUCACCCUCUCACCCAAACUGGUUCAGAGUGGUUUGGAGAAACCACAUCAUGGGGUGGCCUCUGUGGAGCUGCACCAGGACAGUGAAAAUAGAUCAGCCCAGACCAGCGAGACCUUGUCCACAAACUGGACCGCAGGCUCCUUGUUCGAAGCCCGAUCUAUUCCGCAAGAAGAUUCUAUUAAGCUGACUAAUCAGGAAUCUCUUAGAAGUGAAACCCCACCUCCCAAACUGGCCUCCACAGCAAUCAGUCCUGUGAACGACCCACUAAGACCCGUUCACGAGCCGUCUGUGUCCAGUCAGACACUCUCUGAGGAGCAGGGGCCAACCAAAAGCCAGCUUGGCGCUACAGGGCUUGUGUCUUUCCAGAUCAGCUCCAGCACUAGAUACCCACAAUCUUUCACUCCACCACAGAGACUGACCAGGCCCUCGCCACGGCCCCCGUCUGUUUACACACCUGUCGCUGCACCGACUCUGUUGCCGUAUAAACCGCACGGCAGCUCUGAGCUCUUCUACAUCCCCAAGAUUGACUCCCAGCUCUCCCCCAACCGCUCAGACACCACCGUAGAGAGUUCACACACAGGCUCAGAGGAUGCUGUUUCCCCAUGCUUCAAUGUAGAGAUCCUGGGAUCGAGAGACCUGGAGCCUGUUUCAGCCUUUCCCAAACACACAGAGGGCAUCUACAGCAAGAAGAGAGGCUCUAGUAUGAAUGGGCGAGCCGCUCCGGUAGGACAGCAUGGGGUUAGUGUGAGACUGGCAGGGAGGAAGGGUGAGGAGGGAGAGUAUGAGGAAGAGGAGUUCAGGCCACUGCCUAUGGAGAUGGACUUCAGCAUGCACAGCCUGAGGCCUCACACUAGCACACUACGUGGCCUGCCCCCAGCACACACACCUCCAAACGCACGCCAAAACCAACCAAUCACAGCACCUCUCCGGCCGAGAGGGGAGGAAUCUGAGCAGCGGGGGCGAGAUGCUCACAGGGACAGGACGUCCCGGGAGAUUGGCGGUUCCCUGGACCAACUGUGGCACCGCUUCAGCGAGCGUUGGAGCCAGGAGCAGAGCCAGUCGACCAAUAACAGAGAGGCGUCGCUGCUGGAGCGCCUGGAGCGCCUGUCCCGGCUGAUCAACAGCAGCUCACUCACACACAGCUCUGUGAUUACACACUCCCCCACGAAACAAGCCACAAACACGCAGGCCAGCACGCAAACACAGACUCCGGACCAGCCUGAUCAACCCAUAGUGGAGCCAAAGAGAAGGGAGAGGGGGAAGAGUAAAAAAAAGGAGAGGAAGGAGAAAGUGUCUGGAGUGGAGGAGAAGAAGGAAGCCAGAGAAGAGGGUCAGAAAAGGGGUGGGGCUCCGCACCUGGCAUGGGUGGAGCCAGAAACGCAGUCAUCCAGUCAUGUGGCGGAGGACGAGCCGGAGAGACUCGGGCGCUGCCCCGCGGAGACAGACAGCAUCUCCAUGGAGACCAGCGUCUCCACGGAGACCAGUAUGUCCACCAUCGACACCCAGCGGCUGCUGCGCGCCUUCGGGCCAAACCGGGUCAGGACACUGCCGGCUGCGGAGAAGGGCCGGGACAGCCUACUGAAGCUCUAUGGCAACAUCUACAAACAGAGGAGCACUGUCAGCGACGACUCUACGGUCACUGUGGACUCCUCCUCCAGCGGCUCAUCUCUCCCUCCCCACCCACGAGCCUCCAACAAGAAGCCAAAGGUUAAACUCGUCAGCAGAGGGGUGCAGGCCGGUGACCUGGAGAUAGUGAGUAAUGGAACAAGCCGACACACCCGUGACGUGGGAACCACCUUCCCCUCUCCACACCCCACACCCUCCAGCCAACCCCAACACAGCAUCAUGGAGAGACACAAGAGGAAACCGCCAGAGAGCUAUCUGCAUGGUGUAUCAUGGUUUGUUCCGGCCGAGAAACUGAAGCUUGAUGCCCGUAAGGAGAACCGUCCAGACAACAAGAGUGUUCCAGCGGCUGGUCCCAGCAGCUGGUUUGAGCCCUACAGCAGAACCCGGCCCUGGAGAGAACCGCUCAGAGAGCGGCAGAACCAAGAUGAUCGAGGGCAAGAACCACAGAGGGAGAGGGAGAACCAGGAGGACAGGGCAAGGCCACAGCAGGCCUGGGUUGAGAGAGAGAGACAGGCGCCUGAGGAGAGAGAGAAGGCCUCUGAGAUAAACAGCAGGAGAGACACACACGGCAAACUCUCUGCACUGGAGCGCCUCUCCCUGCAGGAGGCCUUGGCAUUUCGGCGUCCUGAGUUUGUGUCUCGCUCUCGUGAGCGGGUGAAGAGGCUGUGCCUGCUGAAAGUGGAGCGGAGGGUGCAGGCCGAGUUCAGCCGCGAGAGAGAGACGCUCUUCAACCACCCCCCCCUCACACGCAGAUACACACACAACACCGCAGCUCCUGCUCCUCCUGUGAUAAGAGCUGUUCCUAAGAAAGAGAUGUUCCAGAGAUCCAAACAAAUUUACUCUCAGCUGCCAGAGGUCCAAAGACGGAGGGAGGAAGAGAAGAGGAAAGCUGAAUACGGCGCGUACAGGCUCAACGCUCAGCUUUUUAACAAGAAAGUCACCAAUCGAGUGCUUGGACGAAGGACGCCAUGGCAGUGAGAGGAAGAACUGAGACAUCAAAUAAUAUACACACAUUAUACCAACACACACACACACACACACACACACACACACACACACACACACACACACACACACACACACACACACACAACAUACAUGCAUACACACACAAACACACACACCUCUAAAGAUAUGAACAAGCCCAAAAAUAAACCCAGUCUACAGGUACAAACACUCCUCAUUGGAAGCUCAAAGAAGGCCUCUGUGAUCUCUAAAAGCAGCUAACUGAAGCCCAGCGGUGCCUCUAUGCUCUGAACUCAACCAAACUCCAAGAGGGCCUGUGUGUGUGUGUCUGAAAGUAAAAAUGGCACUCCCAUCACCAACACCUGUUUCCUCAGCAGCUCCCAGUGAAACCAGUGGUUGGCCUGUUACAGCUGGGGGCUCUUUCUGUUUGGUUUUCUUUCCCAGGUGUCUCAUUUUUACAGGCCCAAAACAAUGCCUUCCUACCCUGAAACAUCAGAGUAUCGAAAAGUCCAAAUGUCAGAUUGUGCCUGAAUUUUACAUACAUACAUUUGAAUGUGCGUAAGAUAUGUCUGUUUUGAAUGGUGUGAGCACUCAGUAGUAUUUGUGUUUUGUGUGCCUUUGUUUUGUUUUUAAGCCUGAUUUUAAGUUCUGAUUUUAAAUCUGAUAAUGUCAGUAUGUAUUGUUGAUGUAUUUUUUACAAAUAGUUUUUAAAACAAAUGAUGGCUUUUAAUAAGAACAAAUAAAUGUUUUUGCAGCUCUUUUAUCACAACUGCCUUUUUCGUCUUUUUCUGUUGCCAGUGGAUACCGAAUCAUAGUUCCUUUCUCUAUGGGGAGACUGGGUGGGGGGUGUAACCAAGUCGCUCUCUAGUCGCUUUGGACAAAAUCAUCUGCCAAAUAUUUAAACUAUAAACUAUUCUCCAGAAACUCCAGAAAUCGUCUGUGUUUAG